AAAAAUCUUAUUCGAUUCCGUAAUCGCACUUGGCACGUUCUGCGCUUCCGCGGGUGUUCGGUGAAAAUAUUUCUUAAAAAUAGUUGAAAUUCCAGCCAACUUUUCGUGCACCAUUCAAUGGCCCUGCUCUGGAUCCGGCCGGGAAAACAGUGCCUACGUGUGAUUGCCCUUAAUCAGCUUCCCGCGGUUGCCAACUUCCGCUCGUUCAGAAUGACGGCACGCCAGCGUUCCGAAAAGGUUCUGGAGCAUAUGAAGGAAUCGAAUCCCUACUUCGGGAAGUACGCUCGGAAGAUCGCAGCCGUGCAGCAAAGCUCACCGGAAGAGUUUUUGGCCAAGCUGGAAAAGGUGGAGAAGGAAAGCAGUAAACCUAAAUUUGGCCCUUCCGAACCGUCCCGCGAUUAUUCCGGUCUUUUGAAUCCCAAAGCUCCGUUGGCAAAGAAACCCCAGGAGGAUGCGGCUCACAAACAGCUAGGCGACAUAAUGAAGCUGGAUUUGGUCGAGCAGCGUAGUGCAGAGGAGAUUAAGCAAAUUUGGCUGCAGUACCACCAAGGAAAGGAAGUCAUCUGUGCGACCAUCCCGCUUGAGCAGUACGAUCUCAUGAUGGAGCGGGCGAAGAAAUAUCCGUUGUUCAUACUUCCAAUCCCAAGAAGUCAAGGAUACGAGUUCAUAAUGCUGCAGUUCUUUGCAAAUACCAUCCAUUUCACUCCGUUGAUAAACUAUCAGGUCCACAAGGAGAACGCUCCCGAAUGUUUGAACAUUGCCCUGUACACGGAGUUGCGCGGCAAGGGUCUGGUCCUGAUGCGAGGCGAAUACGACACCAAAGUGAUCAACGGCCAGGAAGCGCAAUGUUUGGCCAACCAGCUGCAGAUGUAUUACAGCCAGCAAAGCGAGUCCAAGCUGGCGCUGCUGGAAAGCUUCACCAACAAACCGGAACAAUUCAAACACAUGGACGUGAUCGAAGAGCUGAAUAAUUUGAAGAUCGGUGGUUGAAAAUUGCACACAGCUAUGCGCUAGUAAAGCUUUAUUGAAUUCAAAAACGAUUAGACUUGAGAUGAAAUACAGUUGUUCUGUUUAACAGUUA